UCGAACGAAGACAUAAGUCCUUCUACUCUACUUACUCCUCUACCUACUCCUCUACCUACCCCUCUACCUACUAGGAAUCUCCUACGAGACAACAACCAACGAGUGGAGAAAGAAGCGCGACCAACACCACCGCCUUCACCAUGGCAAUCAACUACGCCCUCCCCCUCCGCAUCAUCCAAGGUGUCUUCGCCAUCAUCGUGCUAGGACUAACAGCCUACGUCGCAAACUGGUGGGGUGGCCACUGGCACCAGUUCUCACCCUCCGAAGUCAAUUUCCUAAUCUUCGCCGCCGUCUGGACGCUUCUCGCGCUCGCCUACCUCAUCCUCGCACCGGCCCGCUUCCCGACUGCAGCGCACAAGUAUGGAAUACUGGCUGCCGAAGCGGUCACCAUGCUGUUCUGGUUUGGCGGAUUCAUUGCGCUAGCCGCAUUUUUGAGCGAUCGGAUCUGUUUUGGGGGUGUGUGUAGUGCGGCGAAAGCUGCGACGGCUUUUGCGGCGUUUGAGUGGCUCUUCUUCGCCGGCUCAACCCUAAUGGCCGCCCUCCACUGCUGGCGCACGCGCAACACCGGUGUCACAGGCCACGACCCCAAGGUCGAGAUGCAGCAGGGCGUAUAAACCCCCAGUCUCCCCAAAGACUACGAAAACUGCUCUUUACCUGGAGUGAAUUGUGAGAUGACUACACGGCUACGGAAACUGGGC